CUCCUAACCAACUGGUGAUACCAUGAACUAUCGACAUCCCUAGCUUCUCAAUUCUGAGGGUAGUACAUAAGAGUGGGAAAUUACCUUUUCUACAAAGGGUUAUCUGCAAAACCCGAAAGGUUGAAACUUGAAACCGCCAACGCCCUGAACCUUUUGCCGGUGUUUCUUUACUGUUGAUUAGCUAGGGCGUGAGCUAGAACGGGUUGGAGGAAGACGUCUCGGCUAUCGAUAUUCGCGUUGAUGCAACCUUGCUUUCUCCCGCCAUCUGCAGAGUAGGGAUUGCGAUGUUGACGAAGAACGGAGGAAAGGAGAGGGGAAGGGGGGAGGACUAAAAGUCGAUGGUUUGGAGCUUGGAUGAUGUUCUGGGCCUGUGUUGGGGGAUGUUACAGGCCUGAGCCCAUUUUAAUCAAUACAGAUCAAAGGGGAAAUAUGGGCUAGAUACCUUGCUUGGGUUCUUCUAGUGGGCCGUUCUCAGUCCAGUGGUACUGGUAAUGUCUAAUAUCUUUCUUACUGUAUGGGCCGAUCUCAGUCAUUGGGAGCGCAUCGGCCUCCGGCGUCGAAUCCAUCAUCUUCUCCGGCCGCCAGACCAGUCUCCAUAUAUCCAACGACGACCCUACCAGCUCCGGCUGCCAAUCAUCCAAUCGGAUCGGAUUCCGAAUCCGGCGAAGUGGGCUAUUGUCGGAAAUUGUAAAUAAGUUUUUUUUAAUCUUCAAUGGGUGGAUUGCCGAGGGAGAGAAUGGGGAAGAAAUUCGAGUCACUUGCGAGGUCUCAUAAUUUCCCUUCUCUUUGGCGCCUCCAUCGUCCAUAAUAUCUUCAAGCCUGAACUUGUAUCCACUCCCUCCCUAAUUACUUUUAAGUACUAACCUUUGCCUUUAGUACGUAUGUGCUUCCAAGCCUGUUUGAUGAAAUUCAUGAGACUGAGGCUUUCAUGAUUUUGCAUGGAGACAGAGUUUGCCUCAAGUGGAAAAGGAAUCGACUUUUCUCUCCAGGUGCACCUGAACUGGAAAAAACUUUCUAUCUAUGUUUACUUGUUAGAUUCUGUCUUCAAUCUUCCCCUACACUGCUGACUCGUCUCUGCCCGGUUUCUGGUUUAGACUAUAGGACUAGGAGGAUGAUUUUGCUGAUGAAAGUAGUCAGCUUCCUUUUAGACGCAAACCACUUUGGAGCUUUGAAGCCAAUGAAUGUGCGUUGUUUUUGCACGGGACGUUUGCUCCAGCAAGUUGCUGGCUCCUUUGACUAUGACAAACUUUUGCAACGUUGCAUCCUGCGAGGAGCUAGAAAGCAUGGCCUUUUGGCUCACUCUCACAUGAUAACAAGUGGGUUUGUCUCAAAUCCUCAUUUAAACACCAAAUUAAUCAUCUUCUAUGCAAAGAUUGGUGAUGCCAGAGCUGGUCGGGAAGUGUUUGAUAGAAUGACUGUAAGGAAUGUUGUGUGCUGGACAGCUCAGAUUUCAGGUUAUGGGAAAAAUGAGUGUUAUGAAGAUGCUCUGCUGCUGUUUUCAGAAAUGCAUAGAGUGGGGGUCAAGGCCAAUCAGUUUACUUAUGCUAGCGUGUUAAGGGCGUCUUCUCGUUUGCAAUGUUUCAAGAGAGGGUUGCAAAUACAUAGUUGUGUACAGAAGAGUAGGUUUGUCAGCAAUUUGUUUGUGCAAAGUGCAUUGAUUGAUUUGCAUUCUAAGUGUGGAAGGAUGGAAGAUGCUUGUUAUUUGUUCGAGACAAUGCUUGACAGAGAUUUGGUUUCUUGGAAUGCAAUGAUUGGUGGAUAUGCUGUUCAGGGUCUCGGUGAUGAUUCUUUUCGACUGUUUCGUGCCAUGAUGGCAGAAGGUUUGCUACCUGAUUGCUUCACUUUGGGGAGUCUUUUUAAGGUUUCUGGGAGAACUAGUGAUUUCCUCAAAGUCAGUCAGGUACAUGGAUUCGUUGAGAAACUAGGUUUUGAAGGACACCUUGAUUUGAUUGGAUCAAUUAUCGAUGCCUAUGCAAGAUGUGGGGGUCUAGAGAGUGCUAAUUGCUUGUACAAGACUAUGGAAGUGAAAGAUUUAACAUCUUGUACUGCGUUGAUGAAUGGAUUCGCUCGAAACAACUAUAGAACAGAGGCUAUGACUCUAUUCAAAGAGAUGUGUAGGAUGCAGCAUAUGAAAAUGGAUGACGUCAUGCUAUGCUCGGUGCUCAAUAUGUGCGCUAAUGCAGCAUCAUUAACAAUAGGUAGACAGCUUCAUGCCUUUGCUAUUAAAAAUAAACCCAGUUAUGAUGUGGCUGUAGGAAAUUCUCUCAUUGAUAUGUAUGCAAAGUCGGGAGAAAUUGAAGAUGCGGACCGUGCUUUUGGUGAGAUGAAGGAGAAAAAUGUCAUUUCAUGGACAUCUCUGAUUAGUGGGUAUGGAAAACAUGGAUAUGGAAGCAAGGCAAUUUCAUUGUGCAAGGAGAUGGAAGAUGAAGGUUUAGCGCCAAACGACAUUACUUUUUUGUCUGGUCUCUUUGCUUGCAGUCAUUCUGGAUUAAAUAAGGAAGCAUCAGAAUUCUUUAAUAGUAUGAUCAACAGACACAAUAUCCUACCGCGAGCUGAGCACUACUCUUGUAUGGUUGAUCUCUUUGCCCGUGUAGGGCAGUUGGAAGAAGCAUACAGUAUAAUUUGUAGGAACAAUAUUACACCGAAUUCCUCAUUGUGGGGUGCCAUUCUCGGGGGAUGCUUAUCAUAUGGUAACGUCGUCCUUGCUGAGACUGCAGCAAUGCAUCUCAUCAAUCUGAAUCCUGACAUUUCAGUCAAUUAUACAGUUUUGGGGAAUAUAUAUGCUACAGCUGGCCUAUGGCACAAGAAUUGCAAGAUCAGAAACUUGAUGACCCAUAGAAAGUUGAAGAAGACUCCAGGCUACAGCAGUGUAGAUUCUCCAAGGAGCAUUUACCUUACAUAACCAAGUUGAGGAGGCAAGCCUGGAUGCUGCUGUCAAAACCUGUUUGUUACUCUUGUGGAAAUAAUAAGUAAGCCAGUUAGAUACAAGUAUUCUUGAUCAUGUGAUAUACACUAAGUCUAGUCUAAUACAUUAUUUCUUUCUUAUGUGUACAUUUUACUGAGGUCCCUUGCGUGUAUUGUUCUUUUAUUUGUCUUCUUUGUUUGAAGGUUCUUGUAUGUUGAACGGGCAACUUCCACGGAAAUAAAGACGAGAUUUCAGAAAUGUGUUCCGCAAAGUGGGAAUGCCAUAUUUUUGUGGUGGUUAACAUCUUGCUUGAUUUCCCAAGUUAGUUCUUAUGUUAUUCAAAGAACUAUAAGUUUCUCGAGCUGAGUCAGUGGCAGGCUGAAGCAUCGGGGGUUAAUUGUUGGCAUCAGGUGGAGGAGCUCCUUGGGCUCCAGGGUGACGUCAGUGGAGGAUGCAGGGUGCCUAUGGAUGGGGUGAUGCUUGAUAUGCUUUGGUGGUCGGGUGGGUGAGAUGUUCUAGAAAGCGUCUCAUUAAGGAGCUCUCACAUGACCUCAAUCAACUAUAUAGCCAAAGCUGCAAUGGCCCCCGAGGAUGCGAUCGGCACCAGGACCAAAUUUUUUGGCCAAGCACCCUGUGGUUGUUUGGCCAUCAGGUCUGGUCUUCAGGUACAUAUGGGUUACUGAGAAUUAUAUGCAGCAUGUAAAGUGGAAGCUCUUCAACCGGAUUUCAGCUCCGCUUUAGAGGUUCUCGCCACUCAGGUAAUCUAAUUUCUAGGAGCAAUCAUUUACUUUUCAGUCAGAUGUUUGAAUGAAGCUUAUUUGACUUUGAUAUGUCCACUUGUAUUGAGCUGAUUGAUGUUAAAUGUAAUGGCCCUCAAAGAUGCUAUGCUAGAAGUGUGUUCACAAUAGGUGAAAUAAUGACAUUUGCCUGCAUCUCUAGACGUGAGUAAAGAUGAAGGAGUUGACAUAUUCUAAAGUCUAAACCAGAAGUAAGUUCUUUUAUCCUGUUUAACUACUAAUCUUUAUCAAUCUAAAUAAAAGUGUCUAAAGAAAUGCUUUCAGUCAUCUUUAAUUCGUUGAAAUCUCAACUUGGGGAGCAUAUGGUCAUCGUGUAUGCUCACUCUAUUUGAACAGAUGAAUCCUUAAAGACUUUAUUAUAUACAUUAGGCCGGUGUUCAGCAUAUUCUAUGAUUUUUAUUUAGGUGUAAAUGUUGUUUUUUUAGUGGAAUUGAACGUAAACAAAGUGGAUCGGAGAUUUGCUGAUCUAAUUUAGGGGUUGUUAGAAGAAUGAAUUUUAUGUCCGUGAAUCUCAAACUCUCAACUGCUGAUGUUGUGUGGGAUUUACUAACAUAUAGGCUAAUGUCGGGAUUCUGUGUUAUUCUCCACUGUACAUAAGUUUCGUGACUUUUACUUUUUAAUAUCCUGGAUUAUUAUUUACCUAUUUCUUGACCUUUCUGCACAUUUAUCUCACACUUCAACUCAUCUUUUUUCCUUCAGGUUCUUCAGUAACUAAUUCUUGUCUUUGCUUCCUACGUUUCCUGUAACAAAGGCUUUAGGUGCGUGUUACGGCUAAGUGCUUUAAUUUUAUGUUUGUUAAAUUGAGAUAUCAAGAGAAGAAAUAUGAUGGUGAUACAAUGCUAUUUUGGGGUCGUUUGCUUCAAGGAUUUUAUAACGAUGGUUUUGUCAUGGAUUUGCUAAUUAAAAACCUUGGGAUGUAUUAGAGAUUUUGGGCAUUAUGGAUUUGAGGAAAUCCUUUGUUUGUUGAGCUAUUUUUAUCAUGGAUUUGAUGGUUUUUCAACUUGUCUCCAAAUCCCAGGGUAUGAGGUGGGAUUUAUAAAACCGUGGAGCCCAUGGAUUUGGAGCAAAAAAAAAAAAACCCAAAUCCGUGGGGCCCACAGAUUUAUCUAAACAUUUUUUGACAAAGCAAACAACGAGAUUGUGUGUAAAUCCAUGAUGGUUGAUUUUUUGGUACCAAAUCCAUGAUGCAAAUCCUUGAAGCAAACGACCCUAUCAUCUUUUCUUUGGUACUCAUUAUCUGAAAGAUGCAUGGAGAAGCCAAAAAUCUACUUACAUUUUACUUUCUACAGUAUGGCAAUGAAAUAUAACUAGAUCUGUAAGCUUGGUUAGGAUUGAUCUUUUUCCAACAAUAGCAUGUUCAGAUUAUCACUCCCAAGUUUGGUUGGUAUGUUGUGAUGUCUAUAGUGUUUAGGCAUUAUUGUUUUAUGUUCAUGCACCGUAGAGAAUGUUUAGGCCUCAUCUCUGUCUCGCAGAAAGGGUCUCAUGACGCAAUGUGGAAUAUUGUUGCAGGAUGCAUUGGGUCGUCGUGGAUAGUGGGGAGGGUAUGAAACUAUGAAUGAUCUAUACAUGAUUGACAUAUUGGCGUUGCGAUCAGUUGCGAUCAAUUGCUUGGCGUGGUACAUUGGGGUUGUGGAUUGGUGCAGAUACUCGGCAACGAUCAACCCGCCAUUGAGAAGGCGAAGAGUUGGGAUGCACAAGCUGGUGCUGUCUUGAACUUUGUGAUUUCUCAGCAAUUUGAGCUACUUGGAUGAGUUCGAUUUCACUAAACCAGUUAUAGGUGGACAGCUCCUCCGUGCUAUUGAUGAAGAAAAAGACUAGGACUGAAUUGAGUCAUGAUGAGGUAUUCCCACAGAACUUGUUUGCCUGUCGACAGUGAGCAAACGCAGCUCAAAGACACGAUCUCAGAUAGGCAGAUGCUUGUAUAUAACGGUAUCCUACGAACCAAUGGAAGCAGCCGGUGCAGCUAGUUUGUUGAUUAGUCAUCAGAAAAUACCAACCAUGAACCAACCAACCAAAUCAUGGUUCUGCAUUACUACGACCCGUGUCAAAACUGCAUCUAAAGUGAAGAGUAAUUGCGCAAUGAAAUGAUGGGAGGAUUCCACUAUGGUCUCAGCUUUUUCUCCCAGACGUACAACCACCCACCCCACUAGCCAGGCCAGCCAUCCCCCUGUUCUUGCGUUCAUACAUGGUGGUACAUUAGUGACAAGUGAACUCUUCUUUAAAUAAGCUAUAGGUGGAUUU